GUAUAAGUAUCGAGGGGCCGAGGCCGAGGCCGAGAUCCUCCACGUCAGUCAGCAAAUCAGCUCCUUAAAAUUCCGAUUCGUCAUAGAAACCAUUUGGAAUUAUCUUGUUCAUCCCUCUACUUCAAUAUAAGACUUUGUCUGUCAAGACAUAUUUUGCAAACAUUCUAAAUUUACCUCAAUUCUCUCCACAUUCAUUGUUUAUGCUUUCAAGACUUCUUUCCAGACCUUUGAUACCCCGCAUGCGACUCGCGCAAAUGGCAGCCCAUCUUUCCAAUGGAUCCUCUCAAGGAGGCAGCUCCCUUGCAGACCUACCCAAGUCAUGGACCUUCACAUCUUCUCUUCCUCCAGAUCCGAAAUUCCCAACACCAGAGGUCUCACAUAAAACUCCCCGCGAGGACAUCGAGCCGAGACAGGUCAAAAGCGCAUUAUUCACAUGGGUACGGCCAGAGGAGACAAAAGAACCAGAGCUAUUGGGCGUGAGCCCUGCUGCUAUGAGGGAUUUGGGAAUCAAAGAAGGAGACGAGAAAACCGAAGGGUUUAGACAAACAGUUGCUGGCAAUCGGUUACUGGGGUGGGAUGCAGAGAAAGGCGAAGGUGGAUAUCCUUGGGCACAAUGUUAUGGAGGAUGGCAGUUUGGAUCCUGGGCUGGACAACUGGGUGACGGAAGAGCCAUCUCUUUAUUCGAGACAACGAAUCCGAGCACGAAGAAACGCUACGAGUUGCAAUUGAAAGGAGCUGGGAUAACGCCCUAUUCGAGAUUCGCAGAUGGAAAGGCCGUCUUAAGGUCAAGUAUUCGAGAAUACAUUGUGUCGGAAGCACUGAAUGCUUUACGGAUACCUACAACCAGAGCUUUGUCUCUCACUUUACUACCCCAUUCGAAAGUCCGGCGAGAGACAAUAGAGCCUGGAGCCAUCGUAGCUCGAUUCGCAGAAUCUUGGCUGCGAAUUGGCACAUUUGAUAUACUACGAGCACGAGGAGACCGAGAUUUGAUUAGACAACUAUCUACAUACAUAGCCGAAAAUGUUUUUGAAGGAUGGGAGUCAUUACCGGCACGGAAUCCAUCAGAAGAUGGAAGUGACGGAAGUACAUUGCCAACAGGCAUUGCCAAAGAUACCAUCGAAGGACCAGCUGGUCUAGAAGAAAACCGGUUCACACGUCUAUAUCGCGAGAUAGCCCGCCGAAAUGCCAAAACAGUGGCAGCAUGGCAAGCAUACGCUUUCACCAACGGCGUUCUCAACACAGACAAUACAUCCAUCUUCGGCCUCUCAGUCGAUUUUGGCCCAUUCGCAUUCCUAGAUAACUUCGAUCCCCACUAUACACCCAACCACGACGAUCACAUGCUCCGCUACUCCUACCGCGCCCAACCUACCAUUAUCUGGUGGAACCUUGUCCGUCUAGGCGAAUCCCUAGGCGAACUAAUCGGCAUCGGAGGCGGCGUCGACGCAGAAGAAUUCAUCGAGAAAGGCGUCCGUCAAGAAAAUGCCGACGAGCUCGUCUCUCGCGCCGAAGCACUCAUCACACGCACAGGCGAAGAAUUCAAAGCCGUCUUCCUAGAAGAAUACAAGCGACUCAUGACCGCUCGGCUGGGCCUAAAAGUCCACAAACAAUCCGACUUCGACGAUCUCUUCAGCGAGCUUCUCGAUACCAUGGAAGCACUGGAGCUGGAUUUCAACCAGUUCUUCCGCAAACUGAGCAAUAUCAACGUCGUUGAUCUCGAAACGGAGGAGCAGCGGAAAGAGAAAGCUGGUGUUUUCUUCCACCAUGAAGGCGUUACCGGAUUAGGAAAUACAGACGAUUCAUCGCGAAAACGCAUCGCUGAAUGGCUUCAGAAGUGGAGCACGCGAGUAUAUGAAGACUGGGGACCUAAUGGUGAAGAUGCUGCUAGACAGGUAGAGAUGAAGAAAGUCAACCCGAAAUUCAUUCCUAAAUCGUGGAUUCUGGAUGAGGUUAUUAAGAGGGUGGAGAAGCAGGGCGAAAGGGAGAUUCUUGAUCGUGUGAUGCAUAUGGCGUUGCAUCCUUUUGAGGAGAGUUGGGGGUGGGAUAAGAAGGAGGAAGAGAGGUUUUGUGGUGAUGUGCCGAAGUUUAAUAGAGCUAUGCAGUGUUCUUGCAGCUCGUAGUUAGAAGAGACGUCUAUACGUCCAGUACGAUGAUCUGUAUCAAUACACUCUGUAACGUGCCAAAUAUGAUCUCUCAGUAAAUACACAACGCAGC